GGUUACAUUUCAGGUGAAUGUUUACUUGGUGUUGUCUUGGACAAUCGCAAUACUGGGAAAGGCCCGGUAUUCGAAUGCUAUUGUUAUGGUCGACGAGAAGUACUAGAAAUCAGGCCUGAUAGAGGCUUAUGUAGAAGCUAUGAAAUUGUGUUCUCGAUCAAAUCGAGAGAUUGUGAUGGUGUAUACGAUGUGGAUAUCAAAUCGGUUAAUGUAAAUUCGCCGGAAGACAAUAAAGGAGAAGUUUUCCUAGGAAAGGAUGGGGUAGUCAGGAUCAAAACGUAUGUUGCUGUAAGUGAUUGUGCCCGGCAUGAGAGUUAUGAGGAAAAUAUUUUAUGGUCGGAUAAGUUCCAAAGAGUGCUUCGUAGUGAAGAAAGGGAUCAAGUCAAAAAGCUGGUCAUUUAUUCAACCUAUGUUCAAAGGGACAGCUCUAAACUGGCCGUUUCGAACGGAGUAUUAUUUCGAAUAUGUGAUCUUCUGAAAGAAGUUGUUGAUGCGGACCUAGUCCGGCGUUUACGGGACCAAAUGUUGGACGACCAGGUAGAUAACUGGUCUUCAAGGGCCAGCCGUAAUACUAGUUAUUCUCAGAGUCCCGUUGGGGAAGGGUCACAAAGGAAGGCAGACUCAUCAUGUACGAGUUCUACAAGUGAUGGUGGGCCGGUAGUACGUGAUGUACGUUUUGGAAUUACUGACUGCUUCGAAAUUGAUGAAUGA